AGAUCGCAACAGCACCAGCAGUCGUAUCCGGGAAGACAGCGGCAAAGGGUAUAUGUAUAGCCAUUGAAUUCAAGCUGUGUAUGAAGGGGCAGACUAGCCGCACUAAUAACUUCAAGGUCCAGGAAAAUGAAGAGGGUAGCAAGUGGAAAAACAGAAGUAAUUAGUUUUUGGCCAUCCUCGCAAUAUGUAAUGAUGUACAAUGUACCAAAUGUCUCAAUUAGCUCAUGAGUUUCUUUGUAGCCCACAACCUCAUAUUCAUUCACAAGGCGUGGCAUCUACUCUUCUCUCCGUACAUGUACUUCUCACCAUUACUGUCAUAGCCGUGGAGCUUUGGUACGGCGGUGUCAACAUGGCAAGCUAUAUUGCCGCUAUUAUUUCGACUGCAUGCUAUCUAAUCUAUCCGGAUGCAGUUUUUUAUGGCUUUGACAUAUCCCCUGCGCUAUUUCCUAUAGCAGAAACACUACCAUUCAAUGUUCACCUAGGCAUUAUGGAUAUCAAGCAACCCAUUCCACUGUCCAAACAGAGCAAAUAUGAUCUUUUCCAUCUCCGUCUCAUAGCUGCAGAUAUUGCACCGACAGAAUGGGAAUUGGUAGUGCACAACAUCAUCCAGUUGCUCAAACCAGGGGGUUGCCAUUCAAUGGGAAGAAUGCAACUGGGCAGAUGUCCAGCAUCUACGUGGUGGCAUACAAUCCUCCGUACAUACAGCGCGAUUGAUGGGGUCCUCGCUUCAGGAUUGGCCUUAAAGAUAAGUUCUCAUAUGGCUGGAAGAUGUUGUCCCAGAUUUUCCAGAACAAAGGACUUGUAAAAGUAGAGGAAGAUAUCGUAAGCUCGGAUCGAGUUGUAGAUACGAGAACUCCUCUCACAAGGAACGCGGUGCAGGCUAUAUUUAGUUAGUCGUGGCUGCUUUUAUCACGAACCGCCCAUGGGUCCUUAUCAAAUGAUGAGCUCGAUAGGUUAGAGGCAGAGGCAGAGCGAGAUAUCGAGAGUGGAUGCUAUGUGAGAU